GACACACUUCCUGAUGAGUGGUCUUCCGAUGGCUAUGAGUCUUGGAUACUUGAUCGCGUAACAAGACAAAUCCGUGAUGAGUUUCAUCGAGCCGUAAAGGCAAUAAAUAAAAGCCGUAACAUUUCUACGGAGCUUAGGGAUAUAACUAAAGGGCUUUUAA